AUGACUCGCCGGAGUCGUAGGCAGCGGCCUACGUCUCUAGCUUCGACGCUUCUCUUUCUUUGUGUCUCGGUAUCCUCCUAUCAAUGUGCAGCCGCCGACGAACCAUUGUCAUCACCACCCGCCCCGGCGCUCGAAACCACCCAUAUUCCCGUCGACGAUGCCAAAUGCGACUGCUUCGUCACCAAUGGCUCCGACACGGCGUACUUUGCGCAUCACGCCUUUUACGACUUCCGCUCCUUGGCACAGUACGAAAGCGUCCCGUCGUUGCUGUCGGACGCAGGAAGCGCGACCAACGCCCCGGCCACGAGCGGCUACUUUACCUCGAGCACGUUUACGUCCUUCUGGCAGUCGCAGAACUGGAACAACAGCGCGGCGAACGCCUCGGUGCUGCGCAUCAACUCGCUCAACAACAUUUACAUUGAGAAGGACGCGGACAACUCGAGCAGCUCGACCUGGCUGACGCUGCGCACCGCCCGCCACGCGGCGUUCCAGUCGGCCGCCGAGAUCGUCACGCAAAACGACACGUUCCAGUAUUUGUCGAUGCGCAUGCUGGCACGUACCAUUGGUGAUCCCGGCGGCUGCAUGGGCAUGUUUACCUACCGCGACGGAUCGCCGUCCCCGGGCGCCAGUGCCGGCAAAGCCGCCCCGGGAAAGGACGUCGUCCUCCAGGAAGUCGACCUCGAGGUCCUCACAAAAUACCCCCGCGACCACGUCCAGUGCACCAACCAGCCGUCGCUCGACGACAAGGGCGAAAUCAUUGAAGCGGCGACGCAGAACGUGACGCUGCCCGACGGCCUGGGCUGGGACGACUGGGCCGUCUACCGGCUGGACUGGACGCCGCGCCAGAGCACGUGGUACGUCAACGGCCAGCAGAUUGCCAACAUUUCGUUCCAGACGCCGCGGGACCCGACGAGCAUCCACCUCAACGCCUGGAGCGACGGCAGCAAGUGGACGGGCACCAUGGCGCCCGGCACCCAGGCACACUUGCAGAUCCAGUGGUGGGAGGUGCUGUACAAUGCGACGGCAACGAAUGCGCCCGCGGUGAAAGACACGAGCAGCGGAGGUGGGAGCUGCAGCGCAGUCUGCAGCAUCGACGACGGCAAUGCACCGGGCCAGGCGGUGUUGGUCUGGGGAACCGCCAGUAGUGGCGGUGACAGCGGCGGUGGAAGCAAUGGAACCAAGAAUGGAGCUCCGGAUCGGCUGAUGCCAUCAUGGGGAGGGAGUCCGGUGUUCUGGAUGCCUUUGCUGUCGGCUCUGUUUGUGCUUUACCCUGUCGUGUCUCGGUGA